GAUGAGAAUGGGUCAUCAGCUGCAGACAGUCAGGUGUGGUCGGUCGGCUGGGAGACAUUCCGACCGGAGCGGAGAUCCAGAGCACUCCUCCCGGACUAGAACAACGCCUACCGCGGAGCUGUAACCAUGAACCACACACUGACAACGAGGAACAACGAAAACUACACGCUCUUUUUAAAGAAGCAAGAAGCGAGAGUCCCGCUCAUGUAACGAAACAGGGAACGGCUGACUGUGCACACACCCGCUAGAGGAACUGAGGUGGAAAUAAGGGACCAGUUUAAAGGAACCUCAGCAGAUGUAACCACCCCUGAACCGGAGUAUAAAGGGGAACAGCUCAGUUUCUUUUUCCUAAAGGGAUGGAGUUAAUGAGUGAGCGGUUUAGGAGCUCAGAGCUUUAACUGGGUUCUUGAUCACUUGUCGUCUCACCCGUGUAUUUGGCUUUCAGCACCAACCACAGACUCCCUCUGUCAUGGAGGCUUCAGUGUCUUAAUGCAAAGACUCUUGUGAAAUCUUACUGUCGUCACUGAGGAGAAACAAGGGAGUAACACUGACACAACUCUGAGUUUAAUGCAGAAAUCUGAGUUUCCUUGAUUUGGAAAUCCCCACACUGGUGUCACUGGGUGGAACUGGAACUAAGGUGGAAGCAUGCGCUCGUUCUCCACCGUCAAGAAUGAAUCAUUAGCUCAGAGCUCCUCAGAAAGGCGUCAUUUUCUGCUGGCUGCUGUGGUUUCACUUUGAAACCAAAGAAAUGAACAUUAGCACUGAAACUCAAGGAUAAAGCAGAACUGGAAAGGGCCAAUUUCAAACUGGAAACGUCCUCUUCUCAGCAUGGGAAUGCCUGAUCGUUGGACGUACGUCACUCAGAGGUCUUAGCAUCGGGAGGGGUGAACAAAAACCAAACCAGUAGAGAGAUCAAGAAGAGUAUCGCCUCCUCCUAUGAAACUGAUUUUACUGGCAGAUCCAGUUAGAGGCCGUCCACAUGGCGGGGAAGGACUACAAUCAUCUCUUUAAGCUGCUCAUCAUCGGAGACUCCAACGUGGGGAAAAGCAGCCUGCUGCUCCGAUUUGCAGACAACUCCUUCUCUGGCAGCUACAUCACCACCAUCGGCGUGGACUUUAAGAUCAGAACAGUGGACAUGGAUGGAGAACGGGUCAAGCUGCAGAUCUGGGACACAGCGGGGCAGGAGAGAUUCAGAACCAUCACAUCAACCUACUACAGAAACACCCACGGGGUCAUCAUCGUUUACGACGUCACAAAUCCAGAGUCGUUUGUCAAUGUGAAGAGGUGGUUAAAUGAAAUCUCCCAGAACUGUGACAACGUCUGCAAGAUCCUGGUUGGAAACAAGAACGACGACCCCGCCAGGAAACAAGUGGACACGCAGGACGCUGUACGUUUUGGAGAGUCAGUCGGGGUCCGAGUGUUCGAGACCAGUGCCAAAGAAAAUAUCAACGUAGAAGAGAUGUUCAUGGCGUUCACUCGCAUGGUUCUCCGGGCCAAGAAGCAGAGCCAGAACCGAGCGGAGAGGGAGCGCGAGCGAGAGAAAGACAUGGUGAACAUCAACGCCCAGAGAGACCGAGACCGCAGGAAGAGAGGGAAGAAGUGCUGCUGAGACUGGGACACGAACCAAAGCAACUCGGCGCUCAUCGCAAGGAAACACGAGGGAAACCGGUGCCUUAGGAGAGGAGACGAGAGGAGAGGAGAGGAGAGGAGCGGGGUUUAAUCCUUCAGACGUGAAUGUUAAAAACUCUGAGGUUCGCUGUUACCACGCCGAGUUCAACCUAACAGGACAGAGGUCAGUGAACGUAACUGAGAAAUAUGGAGGAAUAGUCCAUCUGCACUGACUCAUGCAGCAGCCUGGAGGUUCCAACAGUUAAAGGACCAUUCUGGUGUUUUUGAAUUUGAGCUGCAGUUACUACCAACCACACUGAAAGUUAAAGCUCGUUUGUAGCUUAAAGGCAUCUCCAAUAUGAAGGGUCUAUGUCCACAGCCGCUGUUGUUUUUGCACUGACCAGUCAGAAUCAGAAAGGGGCGAAGGAUGUGAAUUGUCUUUUCAAGGAUGAGGUUUCAGGUCUACAGCUGCUGCACACCAGAAAAGGGUUUUUUUUCCAUUGUCUUCAUGUUUUCUGUAGAUUUUUCCUUGAAAAGUUUACAUGGAGCACAUGGAGCUGUUUAUUAGCAAUGCUCUGAUUACUAUUGACAAAAACAAAGUCCCUAUCAACUAUAAAAACCACCAAGAAUCACUCUGAGACAGGGUUGUGGACGCUGUCGGUGUAAAAACUAGCGGCUGUGGACUCAGACCCUAACUGUCUUAUUUAUCACAAAAUCCUCUGUUAAUAUUCGUGAUCACCAGAGGAGGAACGCUGACAUUUUAAAUGACCGACAACAUGAGGUUAAAUUAUUCACUUAAAAUGGGGAAAUCUUCAGAUUUUCUCUCAUAUUUAUGCUCCACAGAGGAUGAUUCUUAAUAUUUUAGAUUCUCUGUUUCCCUGAAAUACAAGAGCCAAAUUGCACUAUUUCAUAACACCGAUGCCCCAAAGAUAGUCUAUUUAUCGGACCCACCACUAGGGUAAAAUCUCAACUUAUAAGCAAAAAUAUUCAGGUCAAAUUAAUGUCAGAAAUUUCCCUCUAUUAUGAUUUUUACCUCUCAAAAGCAUGGGUACUUACAGGAUUCUUCAGCCUCUCUUUAAGGCCAAACUGGGCAAAAAGUUUCAAUUGAAACACAUUAAAUUUAGAGCUUCAACAUUUCUUACAAAUUACUAAAUAUAAGCCUCCAAAAUUAGCUUGAUCUUUUUUUGUGUGUGUACAGUAAAAUCUGUCUUGAAACACAAAGAUGUACCGUUCAAAUUAAUGUCAGACAUUUUCCUCUCAGUAUUUUGAUUUUACCUCUAAAAAGCACAGAUAUUUACAGGAUUCCUAAAUCUUUCUUUAAGGCUAAAUUGGGCGAAACGUUGCAUCUGAAAUAACAAAAUUCAUGAGCUGCAAGAUACCAAUAAAUUAGGAGCUCUCUGUCUUGCUCUCUGGUUUAAACACCUCUAGGAUAUUUCUUAGAACUACAUAAUGUAAGCCUCCAGAAUCAGCUGAAUUAUUCUUGUUUUGAGGUAAAAUCUCAAACAUUUAUAGGUCAUAUUAGCAUGAAAUUGUCCUCUCAAUAUCAAUCUUUUUCAAGGGUAAAAACCUGAAAAUGAUCAGGAUUCUUCAGCCUUUCUUUGAGGCAAAACCGGCCAAAAAAUUUCAACUAAAAAACACAAUAAUCACCGCCAGGAUAUCAUGACAUUUAGAGCUCAUUUCCUUGCAGGUCUGAUAAAAACAUGUCUAAAACACAUCCCAAUACAAGUCUAAAUUUUUUUCUGUUUUUGCUCAUAGUUUUCUCUUAACAUUAAAGCCUUUGAGAUAGGAAUACUAAUAUUUUCAGUGACCUAUGACCUUUUCAUCAGCACCACCACCAGGGUUAAAAUCUCAGCUGGAACACACAAAUAUUCUGGUCAGCUUAAUAUGAAAAUUUCCAUCAAAUAUCUGUGCUUAACAAGAGAACAAUCCUGAUAUUUCUGCCUUAAACUUUAACAGACAUGCACGAUAAACAUCAGCAUGAAAUAAAAGGAGCCGAGUCUCCUGUACUUCUAAUUUUAAGGCUCCAAACUCUGGCUUAACUGUUGUUCUUUUCGUUCCUUUCAUUAGGAAGUUCUUUCUUAAUAUUAAGAUGAUGCAUUCUUAUAUUUUAGCAGUCUAUAGCAUUUGUAUCUGGACUGUAAUUUCUCUAAAUAUCCAUGCCUUUCACAUGUAAAAAAUGUAAUAUAUCUAGGAAUCCUCUGCCUUUCUUUUAGGCCAAAUUGGACAAAAACUCUCAACUGAAACGCACAAUAAUAACCAGACGAACACCAUGAGAUUAGAGCUCAUGCCCCUCUUGUUUUAACACCUUUAGGCUAUUUCUAAUUGUCAAGAAAGCCUCACAGACAUGUGGAGGCUGAUUUAAGUCCAUCAGAUGUCUUGUGAGUUGUUUUUUUUUGUACCUUAACCAUAACUCAAGGGUAAACUUGUUUAUUAAUAAUUAAAUGUGUGGAUGUUCUGGCUUCCAAGAGGAUUGUUUCUAAACAUCUAGAUGACCUUCUGCUCGUCCUUUUUUGCAUCAACAAGUAGAUUUUUUCACUUGAACACAAAAAGGCUGCAAAUAACAGGCAGAUGUCGACUGUAGACAUCCUGCUGUAGACAAUCCAUCACACAUUUUGCUCUUCUUUCCAAACAUGGUGAAAAACCAGAGCUGGCAUGAUGUAGCUGAACUCUGAAGUCUCCGCGGGUUGAUUUGAAGGCUGAAACCCAUUCAUAAACCAGAAACAAUCUUCCUCUAAAGAGUGUUGGUUAGUGAGGUCUAAAGCGAGUUAGAUUGUGGUGAGAGGAUCAGAAACACUGGGAUGGUUCUUUAAUUUUGCACUAGAGAGCCGCUGUAAUGGACCGAUGGUUUUAUUUCUGUCUUAAUCCAGUCGAGUAUUUUACCACUGAAAGGGAAACUGGUCACAGUAGCUUACAGCUGUGACCUACUAACGGUGUGAUGAGUGCGAUCUGUUCGCCUUAUUUCACUCUGAAUGAGGCCAAUAAUCCUCCACUAAAGUGUCAAACCUCAAACCUAAAAUGUUCCUGUUAUUAAGAUGUCUUUGUUGUUUUUUUAAUGUAAAUCUCUGUUGCCUAGCAAACAUGUCCAAAUGCAAAUAAAGCAAUAAAUCCUGA